AUGUCUUCAUCUCCUCCACUGAAGAGGCAACGUACAUCUUGUUUGGUAGACUCCAACCAGCACAACGACCUAAGCGUACCCGAAACGUUCAAUCACUCAAACGGAAUGGAGACGAACGGUGAGGUGGAGGAAUUGGAUGAAGGGCUCUACAGCCGUCAAUUGUAUGUUCUCGGAACCGAAGGAAUGCGCCGGAUGGCAACCGCUGACAUUCUAGUUUCAGGCCUCGGCGGUUUGGGGGUUGAGGUGGCGAAGAACAUAAUACUUGCUGGGGUCCGAUCUGUCACGCUGCACGACCCCGAUCCCGUUAGUUGGAGUGACCUCUCUUCCCACUUUUUCGCUGGCUCUGAUGACAUAGGACACGGGAAGGCGGAGGUAUCCAGACAUAAGUUAGCCGAGCUGAACAACCACGUAUCAGUCCAUGUGCUAAAUAAGCCGAAGAUUACAUCAGAAGAUAUCCGGAAGUUCACAGUGGUUGUCUUCACACAAGGUUCCCACGAAACAUGUUUAGAGAUUGGCAAGGUUUGUCAUGACCUUGGUGUUAAAUUCGUCGCCGCUGCAACGAGCGGAGUUUUCGGGAAAGUUUUCUGCGAUUUUGGAGCCGAGUUCGUCGUGUCUGAUCCCACUGGUGAGGAUCCACCUUCAGUGAUGAUCCAACAAAUCGAAAAGUCUAAGCAGGGUCUGGUUACUUGUUUGGAAGAAACGCGGCAUGAUUUUGAGGAUGGAGACUACGUAACGUUUUCUGAAGUAAAAGGAAUGACUGAACUCAAUGGAUGUGAGCCGCGGAAAGUCAAAGUUAUCGGGCCGGAUGCUUUUGUUAUCGGUGAUACAUCGACAUUGAGUGACUAUUUAUCAGGUGGGGUUUGUACUAAGGUAAAAAUGCCGCAAACACUGACCUUCAAACCAUAUGCAGACGCUUUUUCUCAACCGGAAUUCCUAGUCACGGACUUUACCAAGUUUGACCGUCCAUCCCAAAUUCACCUGUGUUAUGCUGCUUUGUCUGAUUAUGCCCAAAAGCACAAGGGCGCCUACCCUGGAACGUGGAAUCAGUCUGAUGCGCAGGAGUUCAUUCAGUGUGUUCGUAAUUUGAAUGCUUCCCUGAAGGAUACUGGUGCGUUCGUUAGCGAGCUAGAUGAGCACCUUUGCAGCUUAUUUGCCUACACAUCCAAUGGACAGUGUUGCCCGGUUCAGGCGGUUAUUGGUGGGUUUGCAGCCCAGGAAGCUUUAAAAGCAUGUACCGGAAAGUUCAAACCCCUAAUGCAAUGGAGUUAUUUUGACGCCAUCGAGUGUUUACCGUCCUCGGUGUCCGUAGCGGCAGAGAAAUGUAACAAGGAGCUGGUCGUUGGCGAGGGUGAUGCGGCUCCUCGAGGAUCUCGGUAUGAUGGUCAAAUAGCCAUUUUCGGGCAUCAGUUUCAGGAGAAAUUGAACCGGUUAAAGUAUUUCAUGGUGGGCGCUGGGGCAAUUGGCUGUGAACUUCUAAAGAACUUCGCGCUUAUGGGCGUGGGAGCCAGUCCCUCUGGGAAGGUUACAGUUACCGACAUGGACUCAAUUGAGCGUUCUAAUUUGAACCGGCAAUUCCUUUUCCGUCCUUGGGACAUAUCCAAGAUGAAAUCGACAGUCGCAGCCGCAGCGGUGAAGCGGAUGAAUCCAGAGAUGAAUAUUGAAGCUCAUGAAAAUCGUGUUGGACCAGAAACGGAAGGCGUUUAUGAUGACAGCUUCUUCGAAUCCCUGGACGGUGUUGCAAACGCAUUAGAUAAUGUGGAGGCACGUACCUACAUGGAUCGUCGUUGUGUCUAUUACCGAAAGUCCCUCUUAGAGUCUGGGACACUUGGAACAAAAGGCAACGUCCAGGUCGUCAUUCCAUACCUCACUGAAUCGUAUUCGUCUUCACAGGAUCCUCCAGAAAAAUCAUUCCCCGCGUGCACCCUAAAGAACUUCCCUUACUUGAUUGAACAUACUCUACAGUGGGCCAGGGAUCUUUUCGAAGGCUUAUUUGCACAACAGUCACAAAGCAUAGCCUCCUACAUUCAUGAACCGGCUAAAUUCAUUGAGCGCGCGCUCGCUGGACCAGGUAAUCAACCCUUUGAAACACUAGAGACUCUGAAGGCAAACUUGGUGGACAAGAGACCAUCGAAGUUCGAAGAUUGCGUUACUUGGGCGCGUCUUGUAUGGCAGGAUUUGUUCGCCAACACUAUAUCUCAGCUGCUCUUCAACUUCCCUCCGGACCACGUUACUGCGAGCGGGGCGCCGUUUUGGUCGGGCACAAAACGUUGCCCACACCCCCUAGAGUUUAGUGUCCAUGACCAUACGCAUCUAGACUUUGUCGUUGCCGCAGCCAACUUGCGUGCCUAUGUGUUUGGCAUCCCGCAGUGUCGCAACUUGACCAAAAUUGUCCCAAUGAUUCUUUCCGUCCCUGUACCGCCUUUCAAACCCCGCACCGGAGUGCGAAUAGAUGUGACUGAGGCGGAGGCGCAAUCUCGCCUCACAGUUCCCACAGCCGAUGCUGCUCGAUUAGACGACUUGCGUGGAGCGCUCGCAAGUCUUAAGAACCUCUCGGAUACCAAAAUCAACGUGGUCGAGUUUGAAAAGGACGAUGACACCAACUUUCACAUGGAUUUCAUCGUGGCUGCUAGCAAUCUGCGAGCCAUGUGUUACGAUAUUCAGCCGGCAGACCGUUUGAAGAGCAAGCUCAUCGCUGGAAAAAUCAUUCCCGCCAUUGCUACAACCACCAGCCUAGUCGCCGGUCUCGUUUGCCUGGAGUUGUACAAACUGGUUCAAGGCCACAGGGACCUGUCCCUUUACAAGAAUGCCUACGUCAACCUUGCCGCACCAUUCAUCACUUUCUUCGAACCGCUGCCCCCUGCAAAGUCUAAGUACUUCGACACGGAAUUCACACUUUGGGAUCGAUUCGAACUAGAAGGGCCGAUGACACUGCGAGACUUUUUGGAUCACUUUAAAAAUGAGUACAAACUUGACGUGACAAUGUUGUCGCAAGAUGUCUCCAUGCUGUAUGCGUUCUUCAUGCCCGAGGCAAGACGAAAAGAACGCCUUGCGAUGUCUCUUCGCCAGUUGGUUGAGACCGUCAGCAAGAAACGCAUCCCACCCCACGUGAGGGCCUUGGUUUUCGAUCUUUGCUGCAGCGGUGCGAAUGGUGAGGACGUCGACGUGCCUUACGUUCGUUAUCUUCUCGACAACAACGCGAAUUCAACAUCACUUGUGUUUGUGUCUUCGUGCACAAGCAUUUGGUUGGUUCGUGUUCAAUCUGCUGUGUUACACACUUAUUUCUCCAACUACGCUGCCCAUUUGGCCCCACUAUAUUUACUUUCAUCGCCACCAAUGUCAGAUGAGCUCCUGUUGCAACUGUUUGCCGUCGUAGGUGUUCGUCGGCUUUGGACGCAAUACUGUCUCAGUCGUUCUGACUUUUCACCGUUUUCAUUGUUGGGGUCGAUGAUUGUCACAGUGGUAUUCUGUGGUAUUCCUCAGCUUACAGAUAGGAAGACCCGUGGUUCGAACCCAACCUCAGCAUCUCUACUGUCCCUGUCUAGGCUUGGGCAACAUGGUAAUUUCUCAGCCCUCACUCCUACUUCCAAUAUCAUGGCAGCUAGGAACCGAAAGGGUGCUACAGCUGAACACUUGUUGUUUCUUGUCUUUAAAGAGCGUCUUGGCAGCCCCUCCGACUGUGGUCAAAAGCUCAGGAAAUUCCACGCGUGGGUUUGUCGGGUAGGGAGGCUAGCACCAAAGUCGACCAUGACAUGGUGCUUUGACGACGGAAGAACGGUUAACUUCCAUCCGUACGUUUUUCAGCGGUUAUCUCUUGAUCCUAGUCUGCCAUCUCAAAGGGUUUUGUGA